CUUGUUUUCUCGGUUUUGUUUGUUUCUUUUCGCAUUUUUUUUGUGUGUGUGUACGUUGUGCGUCGAGGAAGCGUCCUUGUCUCCAAAUAUAUUCUCAGUUUACUCUUUUCUUUGACUUGCUAACUCUGAGUUUUCACUGCGAAAAUGAGCGACAACAAUUCCGCAGCCGCAGCCGCUGUUCCUGCCACCUCUGGUGAGGUUGUGCGCGAAAUCUCACAAACAGACCACCUCAACAAGAAGCUCUUGCAGUCAUUCAUGAGUGCACUGCCCACAAUGAACAUUCCAGUCCCGCCAGCAGAGGAGGACGACGACGCGUUCGACGAGGCCAAGUUCGAGGCCGAGCAAGCACUAGCAGACGCCUACAUGGAGCAGCUGGCCAAGCAAUUCGCUAAGGCUCGCGCAGCUGAGGCCAGCGCAACACAAGGGUCACAAGCCGAUGUCAAGUCUGAGUAAUUCAAUAUCUCGCAACAAAGUGAACACGAGCACCAGGGUGGUGCAUGGUUUUGGUUUGUCUAAAAAUGCACUUUUUCAUUCUGAAACGAAAACAUCAACAACAACACCAACAAUAACAACAACAUAGCAAUG